GGGGCCGCGAUCCCUCAAUCAAUAGGCCUGUCCCGAGGCUCCGGCAGACUCCUUGGCAUGACUUCCUGCCCAGAGAGGACCCGGUCAGCUGGCUUGAUCCCGGGGGCUGGGAGCUGGGACAGGGAAGGACCCCUUCUCUCGCCCCAAGCCGGGGAGCGGGGACAUCUCCCUGCCCUUCUCCUGGGAGGGCCUAGCCUGAUCUGGGUGGUGGCCCGCCUGCCAGUCCGUGACCCUCCCAGCCAGCUUGGCAGGGUGUGGGCACCACUCAGCGUUGAAGGCUGUAACUCUGGGCACGGGAGAGAAGGUUGGGUAACACCAAGGCAAGGACUUCUGGGCCCGUGUGUUUGUGUCUGGAUCCUGGUGUGUGAGUGUGAAUGGAACAGGAGCGAGAGCUCGAGUGGAUACACAAGUAUCUGAUGGGUCGGCAUGUGUGUCUGUGUGUGUGUGUGUGUGAGAGAGAGAGAGAGUCGGUGUGAAUGUAUGUAGUUGGGUAAAAAGUGUGUGAAUGUGAGAGCCUGCGAACGUGAAAUGUCUGAGUGUGUCUGUGAAAGUGUGUAUGUCCGUGCGUGUCCUUGGAAGAAAGCGUGUGUGCAAGUCCAUGGAACAUACGUGUGUUUGUGUGACAGCGUAGGGACCUGUAUGUCUGAGCCUGUGUCAGCGAGAGCUGGAAGUGUGCGAGGUGGUUAAAAGCGCAGCCUCAGAAGCUACGCUGCCUGGCUUUGAAUCCUGGCUUCACCACAUACCAAAGGACCUCUGUGCCUCGCUCUCCUCACCUAUAAAAUGGGGAUGAUAAUAGCAUCAGCUCAGGGUUGUUGUGCAAAUGCAAGAAUAUAUCCAAAGCACUUGGCCCGCCAUUCGGUAAGUGACAAAUGAGUAGGAGCUUCAGUGGGAGCUAUUGCCAUGCAGUUGGGCGUGUGAGUGUGCUGGUACAGAUGUGGGUACACAAGGGUUUGUCCAGGCCUCCAAGACAAAGGUGGCCUGCUGGCCAGCCCUGCAGUUCCGUGUCCGCCUCUGACACCUUUUCCCCUACAGGUCCAGGUGGGUGGCAGAGCAAAGGAGGAAUGGACUGUGGGCCACCUGCCACCCUCCAGUCCCACCUGGCCGGGCCACGUGGCACUGCCCGCCGCCCAGUAGCCGUGUGCCAGCAGGAGAGUCUGUCCUUUGCAGAGUUGCCCACCCUGCAGCCCCCGAGCCCUGUGUGUCUGGAUCUCUUCCCCGUCGGCCCAGAGGAGCUGCAGGCUCCUGGCAGCCGCUGGUCCCUGGGGACCCCUGCUCCUCUCCAAGGGCUGCUAUGGCCACCAUCCCCAGGAGUCUCAGACAGCGAGAUCUCCACCAGUGGGGGAAUGCGGCCCAGCAGGGCUGGCAGCUGGCCACACUGUCCCAGUGCCCAGCCCCCAGCUCUGGAGGGACCCUGGAGUCCCCAGCACCCACAGCCACAGCGCCGGGCCAGCCACGGCUCAGAGAAGAAGUCAGCCUGGCGCAAGAUGCGGGUGUACCAGCGUGAAGAGCUCCCUGGCAGCCCUGAGGCCCAUGCCGUCUUCCUGGAGCCUGGCCAGGCAGCAGAGCAAGCCCUGAGCACAGAGGAGCCUAGGCCCCUGGAGCUGUCUGGGCCCUCCCGGUUAGGCCUGGAGGGGUCUGAGCGGAGGCGCUUCUCGGCCUCUGAACUGAUGACCCGGCUGCACUCUUCCCUGCGCCUGGGGCGGAAUUCAGCAGCCAGGGUGCUGACCCCAGGGUCAGGCACUGGAGCAGCUCGGGAAGGGAAGGCGUCCGGAAGGGAGUCGCGCGGUGUAGAGACGAGGGCGGACGGCACGGCGAUGCCAGCCCCUGUUGAGCUGAGCGGCGGCCAUAGCGGCUGGCCCGAGCCCAGGCUGGACGCGCAGGAAGAGCUGGCUCUGGGUUCCAGGAGCGCCAGCGAGCGGCGCCAGUCCCGGUUUCUCCUUAACACGGUCCUCUACCAGGAAUACAGCGACGUGGCCAGCGCCCGCGAACUGCGGCGGCAGCAGCGCGAGGAGGAGGGCCCGGGGGACGAGGCGGAGGGCGCGGAGGAGGGGCCCGGGCCGCCGCGCGCCAACCUCUCCCCGAGCAGCUCCUUCCGGGCGCAGCGCUCGGCGCGAGGCUCCACCUUCUCGCUGUGGCAGGACAUCCCCGACGUGCGCGGCAGCGGCGUCCUGGCCACGCUGAGCCUGCGCGACUGCAAGCUGCAGGAGGCCAAGUUCGAGCUGAUCACGUCCGAGGCCUCAUACAUCCACAGCCUGUCGGUGGCCGUGGGCCACUUCUUGGGCUCCGCUGAACUGAGCGAAUGUCUAGGGGUGCAGGACAAACAGUGGCUCUUCUCCAAACUGCCUGAGGUCAAGAGCACCAGCGAGAGGUUCCUGCAGGACCUGGAGCAGCGGCUAGAGGCCGAUGUCCUGCGCUUCAGCGUGUGCGACAUCGUGUUGCGCCACUGCCCAGCCUUCCGCCGAGUCUACCUGCCCUACGUCACCAACCAGGCCUACCAGGAGCGCACAUACCAGCGCCUGCUUCUGGAGAAUCCCAAGUUCCCUGGCAUACUGGCUCGCCUGGAGGAGUCUCCCGUAUGCCAGCGUCUGCCCCUCACCUCCUUCCUCAUCCUGCCAUUUCAGAGGAUCACCCGCCUCAAGAUGCUCGUGGAGAACAUCCUGAAGAGGACAGCACAGGGCUCAGAAGAUGAAGAUGUGGCCACCAAAGCCUUCAAUGCGCUCAAGGAGCUGGUGCAAGAGUGCAAUGCCAGUGUGCAGUCCAUGAAGAGGACAGAGGAGCUCAUCCACCUGAGCAAGAAGAUCCACUUUGAGGGCAAGAUCUUCCCACUGAUCUCUCAGGCCCGCUGGCUGGUUCGGCACGGGGAGCUGGUGGAACUGGCACCGCUGCCCGCGGCACCCCCCGCCAAGCUGAAGCUGUCCAGCAAGGCGGUCUACCUGCACCUCUUCAAUGACUGCUUGCUGCUCUCCCGGCGGAAGGAGCUAGGGAAAUUCGCCGUGUUCGUCCAUGCCAAGAUGGCCGAGCUCCAGGUGAAGGAUCUGAGCCUCAAGCUCCAGGGCAUCCCCGGCCACGUGUUCCUCCUGCAGCUCCUCCACGGGCAACAUGCGAAGCACCAGUUCCUGCUGAGGGCCCGGACGGAAAGUGAGAAGCGGCGGUGGAUCUCGGCCAUGAGCCCCUCCAGCUCCCAGGAGGACAAGGAGGUCUUCCGCGAAGGCCAAGACCGCCCCCAGGUUCAGUGUGUCAGGACAUACAAGGCACUGCAGCCAGAUGAGCUGACCCUGGAAAAGACUGACAUCCUGGCAGUGAGGACCCAAACCAGCGACGACCUGGCCCUGGUGUCCCUUCGAUGCCACUCACGGAUGCUGCUCCUGGCCUGUGUGCCUGUAGGCUGGCUGGAGGGGGUCCGCCUGGCAGAUGGUGAGAAGGGGUGGGUGCCCCAGGCCUACGUGGAAGAGAUCAGCAGCCUCAGUGCCCGCCUUCGAAACCUCCGGGAGAAUAAACGGAUCACAAGCGCCACCAGCAAAGUGGGGGAGCCCCCCGUGUGAUGGGCAGCCGCAGCCUGGGACAUCAUGCCCGGCUCCUGGACAGGUCUGGAGGGACCUGUUGUGUCCCGUGCCCCAGGCCAUCGUGGCUGCGCCUUGGCCUGGCAUCGAGAGCAUAGCCUGUCUUCACGUUCCUUAAAGUCCACGCUUUGGGGCCAAUGCCGGUUUCUUCCUCUGGCAUAGGGACUGCACAGGUGACAUAUGGCAAGGACUUGGGGCCCCCUCCCUUCACCCUGCCAGACUCUUAGUCCCUCUGGCAGGGGCCUGGCUCUGGUGCUGUUGGGUGCUGGGACUUGUAUGUAUAUAUGUAUAUAUUAUCUGGGAUCUUCUGGCCACAGCCUGCAUGGGCCCUGGUUGCUGUGGGUUUUCUGUAAAUAAACGCCCAUGAUGCCUUUGCUUGGA